AUGGCUACGCACGAAUACAUGGUCGUCGACGGUCUCCCGUUCCUGCGCUGGGUACGGAUACAAGCCCUCCAAGGAGUCGACUCGGCAGCUCGCCGCAUUCUGACUCGAUUUUUGCCUGUCAAUGGAUGGUCCUGGCGAUUGAGAGUUGAGACUGAAGUCGCCGACGACACAUCGGCUACCGCCGCCGCUCCGAUGACGGAUAUUCGCACAGAGCACGCUGAUGUUGCGGACUUUGGGCGGACGUGGACCCUUGUCGUCCCUUGGAGGCCCGACCCUCUUCGUCCUUCUGAAGCAUUUGGUGCCUUGAUACACUACGGCAUCCUCGCUCUUGUGUCCGAUGUCCCUCCAACGUCUGGUCUUGGCCCUGCUUUACACCAGUCGAAUGUCUCCAGCUCGAACACACCCGCACUGCCCUACGACUUCAAGGAGAGAGGAGACGUGCUUGACACCCACAACACCGCACACUAGGUACUGAGUGGUGAGUGCGAGAGAGGGCUGUUUUGGAAAUGGUGGUUCAUUUUUAUCAGCAC